AUGAUCAUUUACAAGGAUAUCCUCAACGGUGACGAGCUCAUCUCUGACUCCUACGACCUCAAGACGGUCGACAACAUCGUCUACGAGGCCGACUGCGCUAUGAUCGAGGAGGGUGGUGUCACAGUCGAUAUCGGUGCCAAUGCUUCCGCUGAGGAGGCUGAAGAAGAUCUCGAUGAUGCGAAGGUCAAGGUCAACAACAUCGUCAACUCUUUCCGUCUCCAGAGCACCACCUUCGACAAGAAGAGCUACCUUACUUACCUCAAGGGUUACAUGAAGGGUAUCGAGAAGGCCCUCACGGAGAAGGGUGCUCCUGAGUCAGAGAUCACGGCUUUCAAGACCGGCGCUCAGAAGUAUGUAAAGGAGAAGCUCCUCCCCAACUUCAAGGAUUUCGAGUUCUACACCGGCGAGUCCAUGGACCCCGAUGGAAUGGUCGUCCUCCUUAACUACCGUGAGGAUGGUGUCACCCCCUACACCAUCUUCUGGAAGCACGGUCUCACUGAGAUGAAGGUCUAA